UGAAACAGGUACUCUUCCUGUUGCUGCCCUCACUUUCCGUUCCCACGCAUCCGUUGCAAACGCUCUCAGUUCGAACAACUCGUAUGGCUCCCCACAAUGCAAUCUCGCCCUGACCUCUAGCUUGCCGCUCGCUCUGCCAUGGCGAAUUCGUUUUGGCACUUGCUUUCGGGGCGCGUGUCCAAAACCAGAAGUCACCGAGUGUCCGUAUCGCUCAGAUCUCCUGCACUAAAAUGCCCGCAAGACCUGAGAGCAGUUCUGCCAGUUCGACGAUAACUCUUUCUCAAUUUUGCGGCGCAUUUCUCUUGAAAAGAGGAGCGGAUCAUAAAAUAAACCUGUCUCUGUUUCUGAAUUCUGUGCACCUUUUGCUAUGCACGCCCAUCGCGAAUGCACGGAAGCCGACAUUAAGUCGAAUGGGCGGCAAUCUAUCUUCAAAUACCGUGAAACCGGAGGAUAUCAAUGCGAUUAUCCAAAAAUUGUCGGGGAUGGUACAACACGAAGGUUCUUCGUUUGAGGGAGACACAUACACAGACGUUCAGAAGGCCCUUGAUACGAUAAAAGACGGAGGCGACGUCGAUAUCGAGCGUCUUAACGAUAUCAGGGAUAACGAGGGAAACAGUCUGUUUCACGUGCUGGUGUUAGACGAAGAAAUUCGUUUGGUCAGGCUUUUGCUUGAAACAGGAUGUCACGUUCGUACUGCGAACCAUAGAAUGAAGUCACCCCUACAUAUGGCAUGCGAAAAGGGAUGUCUGAAAAUCGUUAAGUUGAUAUUGGAAUAUGGAGGCUACGACGUUUGUAUGGCUUCGGAUGACGCUGGUAACUAUCCAUUGCAUUCAGCUGUGCUGAGCGGUAACAAAGAAGUCUUUUGCGCUGUUUUGCGGUACUGCCAACGCGAAGUCAAUGAACUAAACAAGGAAGAAAAAGCGCCGCUGCACCUAAUUGCGCAGAGUGGAAACAUAGAAUUGGCCAAGACGUUGUUUGAGGAUGUUGCCAAAAAUUUUGUGGACAUCAACAUAGCGGGGUCUAAAGGAAUUACUCCGCUUCAUUUGGCGACGCGAUAUGGACACGCGAAAAUUUGUGAUUUGCUUUUGUCGUUGGGCGCAGAUCCGAGCGCGACCACGUGGUUGGGAGAGACGCCGCUGCAUGUUUCCUGCUGGUUUUCGGAGGAGUGCGCCAACAGAAUUUUGUUGGCAGAUUCUCUGUUGAGAAUGCUAAUCAAGGAGGAGAGAUCUAAAAUUUUCAGCGUCCACCACUUAUUUAGGGAGAGGCGAACUAAGAGUUCCCCGAAUAUAGAAAAAUCGACGAGUUCAGCACUGGUUGACAGCAGCAGAAAACGUGUGAUCGUGGAGAGCCGAGACGUCUACGGAAACUUUCCAUUGCACUAUGCGUGUAUGACAGAUCAGGAUAUGUGUGCAUCGAUGGGGGACAGAUGGGGGUGCGAGGGGCCGGUUCGUGAUCAGGGUCCAAUGAGCAUUUCUUUGAUUGAAAAAAUGUUAAAGCUCGAAGCUUUGCAUGCCAAAUAUUGUAAGUGGUGGCCCUCAAACACGGUAACGACGCCCAAUUUAUUUGGAUAUUCGUGUGCGGACAUUGUGAAGAGUUUCCAUCCUGGAAACAAGAGGCUACUUGAUCUGCUUGAGCGUCACAGCUCGGCGUAUCUCGAAGUUCAACGCCCCCUGACCAGCAAGGGCGCCGAGUGCAUAAAGAUUCAACUCGCCUCGGACUUGCAUAUCGAAUGCCUUGAAUUCAACCAAAAAGCAAAUGACAUCAUCCGUCUGAUGAUCAGGAAGUCGGAGUGCGACUACUUGGCGCUCUUAGGCGACAUUGGACUGGUGAAUUCGCCUUACUACAAGAAGCUUCUGUAUACCUUGGCAGACCAGUAUAAGAAGGUGUUCUUUUUACUUGGUAAUCACGAGUAUUACGAUUCGGCGGUACAGGAAGUCGAGGAAGAAGUUCGAAGAAUGUGCAAAGAUAAAAAGUCACUGUGUUAUCUGACGAGUGACAGGAGUUACUUGGUUGACGGGUUUAGGAUCGUCGGAUGCACGUUGUGGUCAGAGGUUCGUCCGGAGGACGUUCGAUCGGUGUCAGAGUGCAUGCGCGAUUACCACCGCAUUAAGAUUGAUACAGAGAAAGGUAGGAAAAAUUUGCGGGUUGAGGACACGGUUGCAUGGCACCGAGAUCAAGUAAAAUUUUUGCGCCGAGAAAUUCAACUUGCAGAAGCCAAAGGGGAACCAGUGAUAGUGAUGACCCAUCACAGUCCAGUCGUGAGAUUUGGAUGUUCGAAUCCGUCUCACUGGAGAUCAGAGGUGGCUUCUGCAUUUUGUACUGAUCUCUUAGAUAUGUUUGGCAAAAAUGUGGUUACAUGGAUGUAUGGGCACACGCAUUGGUUUCAGGACAUGAUAAUCAAUGGCACGAGAGUGGUUUCGAAUCAAUGUGGAUACAUUCUUCCGGAUUCAGAUACAUGGAGUCAAAGUUACAAUCCAGGGUUUGUUGUUUCGAUACCGAGACGCUGAAAAUUAAAGAAGCGUUUAUUAUACGUUUUCCGCUGAAUUGUUGUCUGGAGAUAUAAGUUCGAUGAUAUCAGUGAUUGUUACCACACCGAUAGGCACUUUUUUUUUGUUGCAGAUCCACAACCUUCUGGAGUCCGACGCGUGCAUUUUCUCCAGAACUUCUCUCAUGGUGCUUAGAGGUGUGCAGGAGACACCUUGCCCUUGUGCGUGGUUCGAAUUUUCUCGAAUAAACAUAUCGGCGCGUUCGUACAAAA